AUGAGGGGCAGCGCCCCCCUCACCCCGUCUAGGACGCCCGGCACGCCGCUGAAGCCGCGAUUGGCACGAGUGCAGACAAGUCCGAACAAGCGCGAGGAGAAGAACAAGGAGGACAAAGUAUACAAGUCGUCCGCGAAAGAUGUUGCGGAGCUCAAGGACUAUCAACUCGGCGACUGUUUGGGGAAGGGUGCAUUCGGAUCGGUUUAUCGGGCACUGAACUGGAAUACUGGGGAGACUGUUGCGGUAAAGCAGAUCAAGCUGACCGAUCUUCCCAAGAGCGAAUUGCGUGUUAUCAUGCUGGAAAUUGACCUCCUCAAAAACCUCGACCACCCAAACAUUGUCAAGUACCAGGGAUUUGUGAAGUCUGUUGAAACUCUAAACAUCAUUCUCGAGUACUGCGAAAAUGGUUCACUACACUCAAUCGCAAAGAACUUCGGCCGCUUCCCGGAGAACCUGGUGGGGUUGUACAUGUCUCAGGUCCUUCAUGGACUUCUGUAUCUCCACGAACAGGGCGUUAUCCAUCGAGAUAUCAAGGGUGCUAACAUUUUGACUACCAAAGAGGGACUGGUAAAACUGGCUGAUUUCGGUGUGGCGAGUCGGACGACUGGCUUGAGCGAAUCGAGCGUUGUCGGUACUCCAUACUGGAUGGCCCCCGAGGUCAUUGAACUUUCAGGCGCAACGACCGCUUCCGAUAUCUGGAGUUUGGGAUGCACGGUCAUUGAGUUGCUGGAGGGAAAGCCUCCCUACCACAACUUGCAACCCAUGCCAGCAUUGUUCCGCAUUGUCAACGAUGACCACCCUCCGCUUCCACAAGGUGCCUCGCCGGCUGUGAAAGACUUCUUGAUGCAAUGCUUCCAGAAAGACCCUAACCUUCGUGUCUCGGCGAGGAAGCUGCUCAAGCACCCAUGGAUUGUCAAUGCGCGACGGACUGAUUCCGUUGUUCCCAAGAAGUCCACAGAGUACGAGGAGGCUGUGAAAAGUGUGCAGGAGUGGAACGAGGCGCUGCGGUCUCCUAAUGCAGGCACCUCAAGAAGGACCAGCAGGUUUGAUCCCAGCACUGCUGCUCUUCCUGGUGGCCGGAAUAGCUCGCUCGUGGAUACGUUGCCAUCUCCAACCUCGAUCAAGACGGCUGACCGGUUUCGAUCACUCGAGUCUGCUGAGGAUGACAAUUGGGACGAUGACUUUGCUACUGCGAUAUCUCCUAGUGCCCUUCAACUGCCUCACCUGCGGCCACAUGAUAACUUUGGUGGCAUGCUUUCAUCGGAACGACUCAAGGCAUUUGCAUCCCUUGAUGGGACGAUGAUGAGGCCGGAUGACAGCUUUGAUGAAUUCGAAGAUGCCCUAGAGAACGAUUCAUUGCAGACAAUACGUCCGUUGCCAGCUAGACCGUCAGCUGCCGAACCAUUGAAAUCCCAAAGCCCAUCUCGGCGCCAAUCCACCAAACCCUCGGCAUCUGCCCUACAGAAUGUAACCCAAAACCCCAUGCCACCAUCUCGUCGAUCUCGUCCAGCUGUUCUCUACAAGGAAAACUCCAUCGAAGACUACACAGAUUUGAUCGCAGCAAACGAAGAUGUCCUGGAUUGGAAACUUGGUCCAAUUCAGGAGCCCGAUGAGGAUCCCGCCUCACCUGCCCACGAGGGAUAUAAUCCAUUUGAUGAUGAUAGAAGUGGGCAACAUCCUCAGCUACGCAAACAACUUUCUGUGAAGCGUGAUCGACCCACCAUUGAAAUUCACAAAUUUGCAGAGAACGAGACUGACGAAGACUUCUCGGACAUCAUCGGGGCAGACCAAGUGGCUCUAGAUAAGCCGGAAAGCGACGAUGGUUCAGAUCGAAGCACCUUGAUGCUGAACUCAAAACUAUCUAAUAACUCAUGGCUUGGGGACCAAGACGAUGAUGACGACCCGUUUGCUCAGUUGGAAGAAGGCUUUGACGAAAUGGAUCUGGAAGCCAACAUCGCGCGUGACAAAUAUGCACGUUUGCGCAACCAGGUCGAGGGCCUAGUGGGCUCUCUGAAGACAUCUCAAGAUGAGGAUGUUCUAGCGGACAUCUCUGAGCAGCUUCUCAUUAUCUUCUGUGAUCUCCCAGAGACGAAGAAUAUCAUCAUCAGUGCUCAUGGAAUGCUGCCUAUCUUAGAGAUCCUAGAUACGUCUCGUCGCCGUGACAUUGUCUUUUGUCUGCUCAGAGUCGUCAAUGCGAUCAUCUACGAGGACUACGAAGUCCAAGAAAAUUUGUGCUUUGUUGGCGGUAUCCCCAUUGUCAAUGAGUUUGCUUCCAAGAAGUACCCUCGUGAGAUUCGACUUGAAGCCGCUGCCUUUGUGCGGCAGAUGUAUCAAACCUCGACUCUCACGCUCCAGAUGUUCGUCAGUGCCGGUGGUCUGAAUGUCUUGGUCGAAUUCUUAGAGGACGACUAUGAGGACGAAGGUGAUCUGGUCUUGAUCGGCGUCAAUGGUAUUUGGAGUGUCUUUGAGCUUCAGGGCUCAACUCCGAAGAACGACUUCUGUCGAAUCUUGUCGCGUAACUCUGUUCUCGAUCCCCUUUCCCUUGUUCUCAGCCGUGUCCUGGACGAAGAUGCGGAGGUGGCGGAAGUCAUUGAGGGUCGCAUUGCGAACAUUUUCUUCAUUUUCUCGCAAGCCGAGAACCAUGUCAAGGAGAUGGUGGCUGAGCGAACAGUCCUGCACCGUGUUCUGAAAGAACUGCGACGAAUGUCACCUAUUCACCAGAUCACCAUGCUCAAGUUCAUAAAGAAUUUGUCCAUGCUUUCGACCACUUUGGACUCGCUCCAGAAUUCCAAUGCCAUCGAUGUGCUCACUGACCUGCUCCGGUCAACCAUGAGAAGGGGCCACUUCCGCGAAGUUUCUAACCAAAUUCUCAACACCAUUUACAACAUGUGCCGUUUGAACAAGUCUCGGCAAGAGGACGCCGCGCUUAAUGGUAUUGUACCGUUGCUGCAGAAGGUUGUCAACACGGAGCGACCAUUGAAAGAGUUUGCUCUCCCGAUCCUUUGCGAUAUGGCACAGUCUGGCAAGGUUGGCCGCCGAGAGUUGUGGCGUAAUAAGGGCCUUGCCUUUUACAUCUCUCUCCUUGCGGAUCCAUAUUGGCAGGUGACUGCUCUGGACGCCAUCUUCACUUGGCUUCAAGAGGAGACUGCUAAAGUCGAGGAGCACCUCCUGGAUAACCAUCAGGAUAAGAUGUCUUUCACUGAUGCCAUUGUACGGUGCUUGACACUCUCAAAGGCGAAUGCAUUCGAGAAUUUGCUUGAGCCCCUGCAAAAGCUUCUUCGAUUGAGCCCUCCAGUUGCAUCAACACUUGCUCGUCCAGAUCUGUUUACCAGACUUGGGCAGAAGCUCCACCACAACAAAGCUGCCAUCCGAUUGAACCUUUUGCGCAUCAUAUCGAGCAUUUGCGAUUCUAGCGAGCAACAAGGCGGCCUACUCGCUAUGUAUGGCCUUCUGGAUGCCAUCCGCGAACUAGAGAACGAUCCAGCCAUUCUCGUCAGAGACAUGGCAGGAAAACUCAUUCGAUCAAGUGAAAUGAGCGAAUCUUACGGCCUCAAGCGCAGACCUACAAGUCGGAGAAAGAGCACCUCCACCGCCCCACCCAAUCCCUUUGCCGGCUCCACUCCCUCUACCCCUUCAGCAAACCGCACUAGCCAGUCGAGAGCAUUCCUCGACGGACGAGAGACACCCCGGCACCCUCGAAAUGCCCUGAGCGGUUCCUCCCUGGCUUUACGGCCAGGCAGCCGCGAUGGCAAUCCUUCACCCCUGAACCCUGCUGUGAACAGCAGUGCGGUGCCACGAACCCGACUCUCGCGAGGCAUAUCCUCCAACCGACUGUCGCAUGUCGAGUUACUCCAAGAGGACGAGAAAGCCCCCAGUUCACUCAGUCGUCGGCCCUCAGUGAUCCCUCGGAGGCGGCGGCCCACUACUGCUGAUUCCGAAUGGACAUGA